CACGACAAUGUAUAGAUCUCCUCGCCCGCCGCCCGUUCAUCAAUUCAAUAUCCUUUUCGGAUAUAUACGUCGCAAGUCGACACUACGUGAUUAAUCACACACGCAGAGCAGCCACACCAAUUCUAUGAAUGGGGAAAAUAAAACCCUAGCUGCAGCAGCUAAAUUUAUGGAAGAAAAGUAUCGGAGCUUUCUUGUUCAUUCAAAUCACAUCUUUCUCACUUCACUCUGAGAUCCACCUCUUUGUAGUCAAUUUUUAGAUACAAAAUUUUUCAAUUUUCCUUUUGUAUUGUUAUGAUUAGGCUCUUUUAUUGUAAAGGCUCAUCUAUGAAGCCUAUAACUUAGUUUCCGUUCUCCAAAUCGAGAUUUGGACUAGUUAAUUGCUAAUUAGGGUAGAAUUAGGGUUUUGAUUUGUGUGAUUCUGUGCUGUUUUGUUGAUUUAUCUAUGGAAAUGGAGAAUUCACGUAGAUCAUUCGAUAGAUCGAGAGAGAUAGGGCUGAAAAGACCUAGGUUAGAGGAGCAAGUUGUGAGUCGUAAUUCAAAUGGACGUGGUUUUGCUCAAUCGCAGCCGGAAUCGAGAGUCAGAGAUGUUGAAGGUAGUGGUAAUGAUACGUCGAUUCAGGAGUUAGCUAGUCAGUACAGGACUGCGUUGGCGGAGCUCACCUUCAAUUCGAAACCGAUUAUUACUAAUCUGACUAUUAUUGCUGGAGAAAGCUUGCACGCUGCCAAGGCGAUUGCUUCGAUUAUCUGCUCAAACAUUCUCGAGGUUCCAACCGAGCAAAAACUCCCAUCUCUAUAUCUGCUAGACAGUAUUGUGAAAAACAUUGGGAGGGAUUACAUAAAGUACUUUGCUCCAAGACUCCCAGAGGUCUUCUGCAAGGCAUAUAGACAAGUUGAUCCAGCAGUACACCCUGGCAUGCGGCAUCUAUUUGGAACCUGGAGAAAUGUAUUUCCACCUCAAUUUCUUCAGUUGAUUGAGAAAGAACUUGGGUUUCCACCUGCUGUCAGCAGUUCAGCAUCAGGGACAGCUAAGCCUGGUUCACAGGCACUGCGUCCAGCUCAAAGUAUACAUGUAAAUCCAAAGUACUUGGAGGCAAGGCAGAAUCAGCAGUCAAGCAAGGUAAGAGGAACAAUCACAGACAUAAAUGGGAGCCAUGGGAAUUCACCCGAUGAGAUGGAGAAACCGCACAGAGGAACCAGCGUUAAUGCUGCAAGACAACGAGCUGAUCCUCGUCUUAAAAUGCAUAAUAUUCAGCAUCCUCCAAAAGAUGCAGGAACUGGGUCUUUUCAGCAAAAUAGUUUAGAAUUUGGUGCAUAUGAUAUUAAUAGUGAGCUUGCAAGGCAUUCAGCUUCUGGGAUUAAAAAAACCAGUGAUAGGGCCACAGAGCAAGUACUUGACCGGGCUUGGUAUGGAUCUGGCAGCAGUAUUGCUGACACAACAUCCAGCAGGAUGAAUAGUUCCGAUGUCAAGGGUGGGCGUACAAGUUAUUUAACCUCUGAAUCUGCAAACAGAGACCUGAACUUGCAGAAUGCGCAGAACCUUGUUAGUGGUAGAAGCAGCAUUGGGAUUGAUAGUUGGAAGAACUCUGAAGAAGAGGAGUACACAUGGGAUGAUGUGAAUUCUAGACCAACAAGUUAUGGUGUCAAUCGUAAGUCAAAGAGAGAUCCUAGGUUGAUGGAUGAGUCUGAGAGACUGGAUGCCCAGAGCACUAUUUCAAAGCCUCAAACUCUACAUGGAAUUGGAUCAAGUGUUGACAAAGAAGCUUCCAGUGCUACAUUGCUGUCUGAACAGAGAAACCAAAUUGCUUUUGGAACUCGAGCUCCUUCAACUGGGCAGCGGGGAGCACUUGGGUUAGGCUAUCCUGGUUCCAGUCAACCUAGUUCAGGGUAUUCUGCAGGUUAUCCUGCCUCUUUGAGUGGGUUGUCAACAAGUUCAAAUUCCAUGGCUAGGACGUCUUUCCCGGUUCCAGGGUCCUCUGGAUCAGUAGUACAACAAAGAUACACUGGAGAGGCUGCAUCACCAUCUGGACAAUCACCAUUGCACCAACAUCCUUCCUCACCUUAUAUCUCCAAACAUCAAUCCAGCGAAGAACCUUUGCAAACUCAAGCACCGCCACAUGCUGACGUCGAACUGCAUAGACGGUUUCCUCAAAACUCUCCUAUACCUGCGAAGACAAUAACCCAGAACAUUCAUCGAGGGAGCACACAGAAUUUGCAAUCCCCAAAUUUACAGGGAUCCUCUUACAUAAGUUCGACUCAACAAAGGCAUCAUAUUCCUGUUGUGCAAAAACCUCUGUCUGAUCCUAUAAAAUAUGAUCCUUCUGCUCCAUCCAACAAAGCAUUAGCACCUCAGGUUUCAACUGUGGAGAAUCCCUUAAUGGUGAAGUCUUCAUCUGUUCCUCCUAGUCAUCUUGCUCCGCAAAUUCCAGGGCAGUUGAGUGCGAGUCAUUUAUUGACUGCUGUUAUGAAUAGUGGAAUACUUGGGAAAAAUUCUGUCAUUGGUGACAUACCUAAAACUAGCAGUCAGAAUGCUAUUGCAUUGUCUUCUCAAACAUCUUCACGGCCUCCUCAACCCAGUGGCGUUUCUCCGACCAAAUCGGAGGUCAAAGUUGCUUUAGCAACUAAUGCAGUCCCAUUAUCCCAUGAAAGCACAUUUAUUACCUCUACGCAGAGAGAAAAAGAACGUCCCCCACUGCCGCAUGGGCCUCCACCCUCUUCAACUGUUAGUAGUGCCUUGGAACAGACUGCAACUAAUCCUAUGUCAAAUCUUUUAAAUACAUUAAUGGCGAAGGGCUUGAUUUCUGCAUCAAAAACAGAAUCAACUGCUCCACCUCAGAUUAUUGCUGAUCCCUGUAAUCAAAUUCCAGGAAUUGUUACUACUAUGGUGAGUUCCACUCUCACAGUUUCGUCAGCUAUUCCACCCUCAUCUACUUGUGACAAGCUUUCUGAGUCGAAGCCCACCACUAAAAACCCAGUUAGCUUGGAUGCAUCUAGCUUCAAUGACUUCAAAAACCAUAUUGGGUUUGAGUUUAAACCAGAAGUGAUUCGGGUGUGUCAUCCUUCUGUAAUUGAUGAGCUCCUUCAUGAUCUUCCACACCAGUGCAGUAUAUGUGGUCUUCAAGUCAAACUUAAAGAAAGUUUAGAUAGACAUAUGGAGUGGCACACACUUAAAAAAGCUGAAUCAGGUUGCCGGAGAUGGUAUAUCAGUUCUCUUGAGUGGAUUCAGGAAAAAGUUUCUGCUGAUGAAGAUGUGAAGGGGGUUUCUGAUGAUGAAUUGGAGAAUGAUGGUUUGUUGAUGGUCCCUGCCGAUGAAAACCAAUGCGUAUGUGUGUUAUGUGGUGAGCUGUUUGAAGAUAUUUAUAAUAAGAAUAUGGAUCAAUGGAUGUUCAAAGAAGCUGUUUAUUUGACUCUUUCAGCUCAAACAGUGGUAACAAGUCUUACAGGAGAAAAGGGUCCUAUUGUUCAUGCAAAGGGUCCUAUUGUUCAUGCAAACUGUAUAUCAGAAAGUUCUCUUCGUGAUUUGGAUCUAGCCAAUGAUGUAAAAGUGGAAAGGGUUGUGUAGUUAGACACUUGAUUGUGUUGGCUGUUCAACAGUUGGAAUGCAUUCGGGUCACUAUUGGUCACUGAUAUGGCCCUUCUUAUUUGCAAACUUACAUCGCCAUACCUGCUGCGAAAUUUUCGUACUUGUUUUCUCUUUAUCUCCUGGUUCUAGUUCUCUCUUGUAAUCAUAAUUUUUUCAAAGAAAGGAGUAUAUAGAAUCAAUAUGUUUUUACAAUCGAAUAGCGGUCCUAUUCAAUCACCAUUCUUUUCCGGGGAUAGAGGUCACUUAUGUAAGAACCCUGAGGCUUCUUUUGUCAGAAGAACAGAGAAAAACAUUCGUCAACCUAUAGAAGUCUGUCAAGUGGAAUCUUUGGCAUCUAAGUUUUGGAAGUCAUUUAACGAGUUUGCAUCCGAGAGGAAGGAUUAUUUGUUUUGUAAAUGGUCCAGUAGAACAUAGGAAGUUCUUGAAGUUAUUUUUCUUGUUUGAAUCAUGCCAUUGCUACUAAAUAACAUCAAUUGCUUCCGUAGGGACAAA